AUGGUGGUGGCGAAGGUGGCCGAGGCGCCAUCCCCACGCGAAGACCGCCAAGUCCUCCACCAUGACGGUCUCGCCAAGGAGAACGAGGCGGCGCCUCCGGCCCCAGAGGCGAUGGAUACGGAUAAUCGAAGCGUAUCCCCGUCAACGCUAGCCGCAGAAAAAGCCCGUCUACACGAACAGGGAAUACUGCUGGAACGGUGGCUGGCUGACAAUGAGAAUAAUCUCUAUCCAACCAGGGAAAUGAAGGACAGGAUCGCCCUGGAUUUGAAGACCACCUAUAUGCAUGUAAAUCGCUGGUUCGCCAACCGGCGCCGGAAGCACAGCAAGCGCGUCAAGUCGACCUCCCAAAAGCAGCAGGCUGACCAGGCAGCUGAUGCUCAGAACACCGGCUCGCCGACUGAUCCGGAAGCCGCCAAAGCCCUUACCACCACCCGGAUCGUCGAGGAGAUUCUGCACUCGUUUGCCAAAGGUUGG